UGAGAUUACCUGGUACUCAUGCUCCUGAGAGCACCUGGUACCCAUGUUCCUGAGAGCACCUGGUACCCAUGUUUCUGAGAGCACCUGGUACCCAUGUUCCUGAGAGCACCUGGUACUCAUGCUCCUGAGAGCACCUGGUACCCAUGUUUCUGAGAGCACCUGGUACCCAUGCUCCUGAGAGCACCUGGUACUCAUGCUCCCCUUUUAUUUGUUUUUGAUGGUCUAUUUGCCCACAUUUGAAAAAGGGUAAAUAGACCAUAAAAAACAGGAGAUGCUCAAAUAUACUGAAAUAAUAAAAUAUAUGAAAACAGAGAAAUUUAAGAUAAUAAAUAUGAUAGAAUUAUUAAAUAAAUAUAUACCCAAUGUUUAGUAAAAGAGCAUUAAAACACUUAAGUUUUUUGAAAUUAAAAAAAUAAAACACUGGGGGAAAAAUGUAUUGGAUUAAUAAUCGAAGUAACCACCAGAUGAACAAAGUCAUCGUUAGUUGCUGCCCUAGUAAUAACAGUUCCCUUUGUUUGCUACGGUCCGUCUAGCCGAUCAUGAUAUUGCUGUGUCAUUGUUUUUUCUGAGCGUCUUUUUUUCAAUUGUUCCCAAUAAUCAGAGAGCGCAUGCGGCCGCCUAGAGCUAAAGCGCUGCACCCGACAUCUUAUUGAGAUUUCUGAGCUUCCAGUUUAAAAGCUCUGAACUUUCCAGAAAAGCACUGCUGACGUCACUGUAGUAAAUGGAAGAAGCCGUGUCUCCUAAACUUUAUACGUCAGACAAAUGUUUUAUUAAUAAACACUCUAACGUCAAAGACUGAAACGGCUAUUAGUGGGAGCAUAUAAUCCGGGCGGACACUGAAUGCUGCCUGCGAGUGUUGCGCUUUUAACGUUGUACGUCUGGCCUUGCUUCAACGGUACGGCUGUCAGACUGACAUUUGACAAGCUCAUUCAUACAAAGUAUGAAGGACAUGUCCCCUAAUUUGUGCUCAUAGUUAAAAAACAUUGUCAAACAAUAAAUUAUAGCCCAAAUAGAUAAUAUAAAAGCAAAGGAGCAACACUAAUCUACCAUACAAGAGGUUAGAGUGGUGAUAUGUUGUCAAGACGUGAUGUGGACACGUUGUGGCCCUAACAAUGUUUGCUAUUGCUUCUACUAUUUCUGUUGCUGGUUUUACAAUAUCAAGUGCCUUUUAGUACCUCACAAAUAGAGUAUUAUUAUUAUUAUUAUUAUUACUAUUAUUCUGCUGGACAAGGGGGUCCUCAGUUGCUGAGCAAUGAGCAAAAGGUCUUCACAAGUGAGAGUAAGAUGCUACAUGAGAUCAACAGAUGGAUUGGUUGUGGCUUCAGGUGUGGCCAUUGUGCUGGACUACUGAGUGGAGCCUGAAGGUGAAGCUCUCACUUAGCAGUCAAUCUACGUUCCAAGCCUCAUGGUCAUAAGGUUUGAGGUGUGACCAGAUGAAGGACAUUGUGGACAUGAGCAGAAGAGAUCAGUGUCCUUGGCGGGGUGGCCCGGUUAGGAGCUGAGACAUCUGGAAGGACCUAGGAGUUGAACUGCUGUUCCUUUGCUUCAGAAGAAGCCAGUUUAAAUGGUUUUGGAAUCUGAUUAUGAGGCCUCCUGGAAGCCUUUCUCGUCCAACUGGGAGGAGACCCCGGGACUGGAGGAAUUACAUAUCCCAUCUGGCCUGGGAAUGUCUUGGGAUCCCCAGGAUGAGCUGGAGUACAUGGCUGGACAAGAAAGACGAAUGGACUUGUUGCAGAGGCCCUCGGAAAUGUCAGAAAAUGGAUUGGCAGGAUGACUAGAAAUGACAAAGCCAUGAAAAUAAGACCAAAGUGGUGUGAAGCUGGAAUUCCCCACUACGUUUCUGUAUAGAUAUGCGUGCUACACAAGAGCAAGGUGCUGCUGAUUCACGUUGUACCUCGGGCCACAAUGCACCAACUGUGCUGUGCGCUCAAAACCCGGCAAUGUUUACACAAUAAUCAGAUCACUGUUGAUAAGAUGUUUCGAGGAACGCUCUAUUAGUAUUCCUUUUUCAUGCCUGACUAAUAACUGACAGCUCCCACGACCACUUAGUGCUACAAUAUCAGUUCACCCUCCAGAUUCCACCUCAAACAUGAUGUUGUGCUGCUGUGUGUAACCUUUUGGCUAUGUUUAUUUAAGGAUAUACCGAAAUAUAUUGUUUUACAACUUGGGUCUUAUUCUUGUUGUUUUGUGUGCCAUUUCUAAUAAUAACAAGGAAUAUUGUAAUAACCAAGCUAAUUGCUGAGAUCUGGGAACAUAUCAACAUCGGUAAAGAUUAGUCAAUGGGUUAAGAAACUGUAUAUAGACUUCCCUCUCCUGUGCAAAAGUGAAGCCAAAAUAGUCCAGAUAUGGCCGCUGCCAUCUUAAACCAAGCCCAGCCACAGCUUGAUUCCUGAUGAUAAUGAUAAUAUCUCUAUAAAUACAUGAAGGAUCAAACUGAUGCAUGUUCUGUUACACAGACUCGGGAUUCGUCAAACUGCUGACACUGAUAUGAACACACACGCCAGUCCACAGUGCUGGCUAGCCUUACUGUCAGUGGAAACUUUGCUAAGCUAGUUAGUUUAUGUCUAUGUUUGAAACAGACAAUCGGUUAUUUAAGAUAUACUCAAAAUGACAGAAACCAUCUUUGGGGAGAAUGUAUUUGAUGUGUACUUUUGGCCCAUGUCCCAUCUGCUCAUGUGAAGGGGGCGGGGUUUAUCACGUAUACUGCGGCCAGCCACCAGGGGGCGAUCGAUAUGUUUUGGCUUCACUUUUGGGGGAGCCUCAUGUCAACCAUUUUUAUAUUCAACCUAUGAGUCAGACCAUCAGACAGGUUAGUCAAACAAAAAAAGAGUUAGCCAGCUGCUAGCCCUCUGUGGUGUCAAAGGAGACACUGAAGUGGCCUUGUUCUGGAUAAAUACCUCUUCCACUUUUACUGUGGAGUCUUCUGAAUUAUUAAAUGCAAUAUCUACAUAUAUGAGCCUAUUGUUUUGAAGAAAAUUAAUGUAGGUGCUGCACACAAUCUAAUAAUGCGUGUGUGUGUGUUUCAGACCGUGGAAAGGGAAGGCAGAGACAGGCCAUUUUAGGAGAACACCCAUCGUCCUACAGUGAUAACGGCUACGGUUCACCCUGCCCCCUGCUGCCUCUGCCUGGCAACAGCAGGUACAAGCUGACCUCAGCGGACGUUCCAGACAUGGUGUCCUAUCCGCUGCCCCAGUCCUCCUCCUCAUACUCUGCCCAGACCCCCAGCUCCGUUGCCAUGGUUAGCGGCCUCCAUUCAUCCAAGAUGAACUGCACCCGCAUCUUCAACCUCUUCUGCCUGUACGGCAACAUUGAGAAGGUAAAGUUUAUGAAGAGUGUUCCUGGCACAGCGUUGGUUGAGAUGGGAGAUGAGUAUGCUGUGGACAGAGCCAUCACACACCUCAACAGCAUCAAGGUGUUCGGCAAGAGACUCAAUGUCUGUGUGUCGAAGCAGCACGCAGUGAUCCCCAGCCAGGUGUUCGAGUUAGAGGACGGCAGCAGCAGCUACAAGGACUUUGCCAUGACGAGGAACAACCGCUUCAGCAGCGCCGGACAGGCCUCCAAAAACAUCAUCCAGCCUCCGUCUGCAGUGCUGCACUACUACAACGUCCCUCCGUGCAUAUCACAGGAGCAUUUACUGAAGCUGUGUACGGAGCAUGACGUGCCUGGCUUCGUCAAAUUCAAGAUGUUUGAUGCCAAACGUAAGUAGAACUUCAUUGUGAGAUGUUUUAUUAGGUUCUUGUUAGAGCUCAGAGGACUUUUGUAGCCUGUGAAAAGGAUUCAUUUGACUGCUCCUACCCCACUGUGUCACCAAGAUAUAUAUAUAUAACAAGAUAUUGUUAUUUUAUAUUACUAUUGAUGACCAAAACUGCAAGAAAUCUGAAGUCAUCAUCGGCCCAAAACACCAAACACACCAACUGCUUCUCCAUCGAUGGCUCCGCUGUCUCCCCUUCCUCCAACAUCCGCAACCUUGGAGUCAUUUUUGUAUCAAUCCUUUCAUUUGAAUCCCACAUCAACCACUUUAUCAAAACAGCUGUUUUCAUCUCAAAAACAUUGCCGGCAUCCGCCCAUCCCUCUCCUUUUCUGCUGCUUUUCCUCAUUCAUCGCCUCGAGGCUCGACUACUGCAGUAGCCUUCUUUUUGUUCUUCACUCCAAACUCCUCAAAAAGCUUCAUUACGUUCAAAAGUCAGCUGACCCAGAUGCUUACACACACUAGCUCCAGAGAACACACCACCCCUGUCCUCCAGAACCUCCGCUGACUCCCUACAGAACAUCGCAUCCAUUUCACACUCCUCAUCACCGACAAAACUCUGCAUAACAUGGCCCCCUCCAACCUAUCCGCACUGCUUAAAUGGCCCCCUC